AUGGCCACGGCGAGCAACAUAGUGGUGGGGUCGUACGUGUGGGUGGAGGACGCGCAGAAGGCAUGGAUGCCGGCAGAAGUACUCGGAGUAGACAGCAAGACUGUUACCGUCAAGAUUGGACGGAAAGAGGCCACUCUAAAGCUAUCCAACGUGCAUCCCAAGGACCCCGACGCGCCAAGCGGCGGAGUGGACGACAUGACGAAGCUGGCGUACCUGCACGAGCCGGGCGUGCUCAGCAACCUCGCCACGCGCUACGGCCUUGAUGAAAUUUACACAUACACUGGCAACAUUUUGAUCGCAGUGAAUCCGUUUCAGCGGCUGCCGCAUCUGUACAGCCAGCCCAUGAUGGAGCAGUACAAGGGCGUGCGCCUGGGCGAGCUCAGCCCGCACGUGUUUGCCAUCGCCGAGACUGCUUACAGGGCCAUGCUGGACUGCGGCGAGAGCCAGUCCAUUCUGGUGAGCGGGGAGAGCGGGGCGGGGAAGACAGAGACAACGAAGCUCAUCAUGCAGUAUCUGGCCUACAUGGGCGGGCGGGCCACUGAGGGCCGAUCCGUGGAAGCACAAGUGCUGGAGUCAAAUCCCCUCCUAGAAGCCUUUGGCAAUGCCAAGACAGUCAGGAACAACAACUCGAGCCGGUUUGGCAAGUUUGUGGAGAUCCAGUUUGAUGCGGCGGGGCGAAUAUCGGGGGCAGCAGUGCGGACGUACCUGCUAGAGCGGUCCAGAGUGGUGCAGACCUCUGAUCCUGAGCGCAACUACCACUGCUUCUACCAGCUCUGUGCCGGUGCCACCCCUGAGGAAGCAGCAAAAUUAAAGCUCGCCCCACCAGAGACGUUCCACUACCUCAACCAGAGUUCCUGCUUUGAGCUAACUGGGUACAGCAACAACGCUGACGAGUAUGCUGCCACCCGCAGAGCCAUGGACGUGGUGGGGCUCAGCCACCUGGAGCAGGACGCCAUUUUCCGAGUGGUGGCAGCAAUUCUGCACUUGGGCAACAUCUCGUUUGCCCCAGGCAAGCAGCCUGACUCAUCCAAGGUGUCGGGCGACAAGGCCAAGUUCCACCUGGAAGCAGCAGCGGAGCUCCUUGGGUGCGAUCGGCGAGCACUGCGAGAAUCACUCAUCACUCGCACGCUGGUGACUCGUGAUGGGAACAUCAAGAGGGAGUUGGACCCGGCAGCAGCAGUGAUCAGCAGAGAUACGCUCGCCAAGACCAUCUACUCCAAGCUCUUCGAUUGGCUGGUGCACAAGGUGAACGUGUCUAUCGGCCAGGACCCCCAUGUCAAGUCAAUCAUUGGUGUGCUUGACAUCUACGGCUUCGAGAGCUUCCAAACCAACAGUUUUGAGCAGUUCUGUAUCAACCUGGCAAACGAGAAGCUCCAACAGCACUUCAACCAGCACGUGUUCAAGGCAGAGCAGGAGGAGUAUGAGAGCGAAGCGAUCGACUGGAGCUACAUUGAGUUUGUGGAUAACCAAGACGUGCUCGAGCUCAUAGAGAAGAAGCCAAUGGGGAUCAUUGCUCUCCUGGACGAACAAUGCAUGUUUCCCAAGUCAAACCAUGAGACGUUUGCCACGAAGCUCUAUCAGACAGUGGGGGCCCAUCGACGCUUCGACAAGCCCAAGCUCUCACAGACCGACUUCACCAUCGAGCACUACGCUGGCAAGGUCACCUACCAAACCGAUCUGUUUCUGGAGAAGAACAAGGACUACGUGGUGAUGGAGCACCAGGCGCUGCUAGGGGCGUCAGUAGACCCUUUCGUGGCUGCGCUUUUCCCCAUGCCCUCGGGUGACAAGGCCAAGACCAAGUUCACUUCUCUGGGUUCGGGAUUCAAGCAACAACUGGCGGAGCUGAUGUCAACGCUGAGCCACAUGGACCCUCACUACGUGCGAUGUGUGAAGCCCAACGGGCAGUACAAGCCGGGGUACUUUGAGAACCCCAGUGUCAUUCACCAACUCAGAUGCGGGGGCGUGCUAGAGGCCAUUCGAAUCAGCUGUGCGGGCUAUCCCACUCGCCGCCCCUUCGAUGAGUUUCUUGACAGAUUCUCUGUUCUCGCACCAGACCUGUGUGAUGGGAGAAGAUACGACGACAAGACAGCCGUUACUCUCAUGCUGCAACGACUGGGCUUCAGCAACUUCCAGGUAUCAAGAACCAAGGUGUUUCAACGAGCAGGGCAGAUGGCAGACCUGAAGCUGGGGGCCAAGGUGUUCCUACGAGCGGGACAGAUGGCGGACCUGGAUGCGCUGAGGGCGGAGAGGCUUUCAGAGGCACCUAAAACUCUCCCCUCCGGCUCCUCCCCUUCUCCCCCUGCUCUCCCCAUACCCUUCCCCUUGAACAGGCCACCUGACUCGGCAGUACUACAGCUGGCUGCGAGAGGAGACGGCAGCAGUGACGAUUCAGAAGCACGUCACCUGACCCGGCAGUACUACAGCUGGUUACGAGAAGAAGCGGCAGCAGUGACGAUUCAGAAGCACGUGCGGCGAUACACCACGCAGCUCGCCUACGAGCACACGCGCUACAGGGCCAUCAUCAUCCAGGCGGCUGCUCCAUUGCUGCUCUCCCUCAACCUCCUCUCACUCCCUUCGCUCCCCUCUCUCCCCCCUCCUCCCCUCCUGCUCUCCUCCCUCUCCCCUCUCUUUUUCUCCCUCCGCUCUCCCCGCUCCCGCUCUUCUCCUUCCCCCCAACCCCCAGGCCACCUGACUCGGCAGUACUACAGCUGGCUACGAGAAGAAGCAGCAGCGGUGACGAUUCAGAAGCACGUGCGGCGGUACACCACGCAGCUGGCCUACGAGCACACGCGCUACAGUGCCAUCAUCAUCCAGGCGGCGUUCCGCGGCAUGUUGUGCCGCAAGUGGGUGCGGGAGAUCAGAGUGCAGCGGGCGGCAACAAGGAUACAGGUUGGUUGGGAGGAGAGAGAAGAGGAAAGGGGCGAGAGGGCAGACAUGGAGGUGGACGGGUAG